AUGGAUCCCCUUCGAAGCCGAGUCGAGAAGGAAAGCCUCGAAGAUCUGAUCGACACAUGCGACCAGCUCUCGGACGAUUGCAGAGGCCUCGCCAACUGCCUCAACACUAGCCCGGUAACCUUGUCGGCGCUGGCCAAGGAAUGUCGGGCCAUCACAGACGCGCUCGGCAGGCUACAUGACCUCAGCCAGGCAAUUGACGGCGGCGCAGAUAUUGUUCGGGCGUCAAAUAACGAAUUCGUCUACUCAGUCUCGAAGGAUGUCCACGAGCUGAGGGUAGCCCUCAAGCGCAUCAAGGGACCGGACAGAGAUAGCGGCAUUCAUCUCACAGAGCCGCAACUCAUUAUCGUCUGGAAUGAGGCAGCGUUGAAAGAGUCACUUGGGCGACUCCGAACCCACCAAGCCUCUCUUCACACUCUCCUCAACACCGCGACUCGGGCUGGCUAUAGCUUUAGUGAAGAUGUCUCCAGCAGGCGUCGAGUGAUUGAGCCCGAUGUCGGCAUCGAUGAGGCUCUGCGAAGCCUCGGUCGAAGGCUCACAGCGCCCAACCAACGGUCUGUGGUGCUGCCCAGAGUCAGCGACUCUACUCAGAUUCAGGUGCUCUUGGAUACGCUUGUGCCACCUCCGGGAGUGACCUAUCGACGAAGUAACGAGAUUGCACACGAACUCCAUCAUGCCAUCGAACGGAGCGAUGAGACAACCGUCUUUGAGAUCCUGCUUCAGCGCGCUGAUCCAAACAUCAUGUUACCUGGGUCAAUGCUCUCUCCAUUGCAUCGCGCCUUUGACAAAGAACACAUGCUUAUCGCUGCGUUUCUCAUUGUCGCUGGCGCCGACGUGGACGAGCCAACCAUUGAUGGCGAUACAUCACUCAUGAGGGGCAUCAAGUGCGGGUUUUCGGAGCAGUUUGCGACUCUUGUGAUUCACAUGAAGGCACGCAUCGAUGCGGUUAACAACGAUGGACGCUCAGCUCUUCACUACUCCGCUGCCUCGGACGUCCUCGAAGACGAGACACUGCCCGUUCUCAUCAACGCUGGAGCAGACCUCAACCUCGUUGAUUACGAAGGACACACUCCACUGCACUUGGCGAUCCAAAAUGGGCGAUGGGGGGCAGCAACGAGACUGGUACAAGCUGGCGCGGAUCUGGAGGUGCGAUUACCGGAUGGUAAGACGGCGCUUCACCUGGCCAUUUCUAUGCGGAAUCAAGAGUUCACGCAGGUGUUGGUGUCGCGAGGUGCCAACGUCGAUCGAAAACUUCGAGAGCACACGCCCUUGACGAUGGCUAUCAGCUCACGGUGCACACCCAUCACGGCGGUUCUCCUCGACAGCGGAGCGAACCCAAACGGGUCGAGCAGAAACGGCAACACGCCGCUCCUCGCUGCAGCCGCGACGGGACACGAUGAGUCUGUCCGGUAUCUCCUUGCCAAAGGAGCCGACCCAUCAGUGACACAAGGCCAGUCUGGAUACUCGCCUAUGCAUAUGGCGGCACACAAGGAUAAGCCUUAUGUGCUUCAACUGCUGGCUGGAUCAGGGGCCCCUAUUGAUCUCCUGGACAAAAUGGGCGAAACUCCCCUAUUAGUGGCAGCCAAGUUAGGCAACAGUCAGAGCGCUCUUCGUCUGAUCAAGCUUGGUGCUGAUGUUGAGCGAGUUGGGCCUGAUGGUAUGAGCGUGCUCUCUCACGCCGUCAAAUUGGGUGACAUGAACUUGGUGAGCGCGCUCCUAGAGCAGGGCGCUGGUCUGCAAAUGACUCCCACAACCAGCUAUGGCGAUGAUAGAGAGUAUCUUGUGCCCGAGCCACCGACAACGCCUAUUCAUGUUGCCGCUCAGCACGCGCGAGAUGAUAUUCUACUUCGACUUGUAUCUUCCGGUGCCUCUCUCGAGAGCACCAUCUUCCCUGGACGAACACCGCUAUCAGUAGCAGCCUCUCACGGCCAUCUUUCAACAGUUCAGCUGCUGCUACGACUAGGGGCCAAUGCGAAGGCUUUGACAACGCAUGGGGAUACAGUUCUCUUCGAGGCGUCAGCCAACCAGGCGACUCUCAAGGUACUACUCCAGCAGGGCAUUGACGUCAACCACCAGAACGAUAGGGGCGCAACGGCGUUGCAUUAUGCGGCUCUCCGCGGUCACAUGGGGGGUGUGAGGAUGUUACUGGAGAAGGGAGCUAAGCAAUACCACGCGAAUGCUGUUUGGGAUGUUUGGGAGGAUCGGGACGGCGCAGGAGGGUACCGACAGGGAACACCGGCUGGAAUGGCGAUGCAACGAGGACUGGACAAGGUUGCGGAGUUGAUUGAGGGAUGGAAGUACAGCUAA